GAAUAUGUUGUCGAUACUUGGUUAAUCUAUAACCUCAAGUAGCUGUGAAAUGGUCGUACGUUUAUUUAAUAGUGAUAAUCAAAAGUUCCUGGCCUCACGGAAACAAUGGAAAAUCCUUUGACGCUAGACGGUAGCCCCUCAAAAAAUGGCAAGGAAGAGGUUCCAGCGUCGAGCUUCUUGGGGGGAUUUCCUGCCAACAGUUCAAAAAACGACGCGAUGGCAGCGAAUGCCCUCAAGAUGAGUCCAGAGGAACUGAACACACUUUUUUGCCAUGAAGUUUUUGGUCCCUUGAAAAGUGGUCAUGAUUGCACAAUUUGCGGAAAGUCUUUCCCGUACCGCUACCAGUUGAUUGUGCAUGCUAGAUACCAUACAUUACCAAAUGAAACUGAAGGUGGCAACGAUAAAGACUGGGGCCUCCUUGGGAAAAGUCUCGAACUCAAGGACGAGCCCGGAACAGUCAGCAAUCUGUUAGCAGGCGCGCUUUUGGGAGGACGGGCUCCUUCAACUCCUGAGACGGCGACAAAGCCCCAUGUUUGUAAUUUGUGCGGUCGAGGAUUCACUAGAAAAGAGCAUUUGACCAACCAUAUGAACAAGCAUACAGGUAAAGGUUUGAACCCUCAUGAGUGCCAUCUUUGUCCAAAACGUUUCUCGAGGAAAGACCAUCUUGACUCUCAUCUCAGGGCACACGAUUCCGAUUUUAAAUGUCACGUUUGCUUAAAAUCAUUUUCUCGCAAGGAACACCUUGUUGCUCAUGUGCAAUGGCACACAGGCGCUUCGCCCCACCGCUGCAACCAUUGCCGGAAGUCUUUUACCAGAAGGGAACAUCUCCUCGCCCACGUCCGACAGCACACCGGUGAAUCACCACACGUGUGCCGUUUUUGCGCCAAGUCGUUUACUAGACGGGAACACGUUGUUAACCACGAACGUUCUCACACUGGAGAGACGCCUUUUAAGUGUUCGGUGUGCCCGAGGGCUUUCUCGAGGCGGGACCACCUCGUCGUGCACACCCGGCAGCACACAGGCGAGACUCCAUAUAAAUGUACAGAAUGUGGAAAGUCUUUUGCGAGGAGGGAGCACUUGGUGAAUCACACGAGACAACAUACAGGUGAAUCGCCGUACAAAUGCCAUUUCUGCCCAAAAUCAUUUACGAGGCGUGAUCACUUGGCGAAUCAUAUACGUCAUCAUACUCCACAGCACUCCGUACCUUCUCAGUCUUCGCUGUCUCAGCUGCAGGCGCACCAACCCGGUGAGGCGCACCAACAGGUGCAAGGACAAUUAAUAGUGCCUCACCCUCCACCGCCGAUACACUCGCAAAACAAUUAUACGUGCCAUGUCUGUUUGAAGUCUUUUCCUCUCAAAGGGAAUCUUCUCUUUCAUAUGAACACGCAUACAUUAGGUUAUUGACUGUGUUGAAUACUGUAUUGCACUGACAAUUAAAACCGAUUUAUUAUUCUUCACAGACUUUAUUGCACUUCUGUGUCUCAUCUGCAAAAAAUAAAAUAAAAAAGGUUGAUGUUUGCCUCUUCACUUAGUUCCUCUUAUCAAUUUCUCAUUUUGUGAGAUUUGUAUUUUGAUUGGAGAAAGCAGGCUUUCUCUCUCAAGUUUUUAAAUUUCUAUGUGUGUUGACAUUUCAAAGUAUACAGGGUGAAAAAUGAACAUUUGAAUGCGUGUGAUAACAAAAGGAGAUAAGUUUUUUUGAAAUUAUAUUUUUAAUUUUACAUCGUUUUCCAUAGUGAAUGACAUUUGAUUCAAUUUCUAUAAUAAUCUGCAUAUAUAAUUUGAAUGUUCCUGUCUCAAUAUACUGUUAUAUACAUAAUUUGCACAAUUUACAACUAUAAUAGUCGUUCCGUGUUUUUUAUAAAGUAAUCAUAUGUGUUUUUAUUCAUUUACAUAAGUGCUUAUUAACAUGUUUCAUUUUGUAAAAGGUAUAUGUUUUUAUUAAUAAAUGUGCACAAUAUGGAGUUAAUGUAAAAAUUGGUGUACUUAAUCUCUUUCUUGAAAUAAACUAAUAAAUUGUUAUUCUUGUACUGACCUGAUUGGAGUAAGAUAUUCAAUACUGUACAAUAUAUAUUAAAUAAUUUUAAUUGAUGCUUUU